AUGGACUCGCUCGAGCCUUCUCUCGGCCUUCGCAAGACCGACGACACUGUCAUCGAGGAAGUGAAGACCACAAUGGGCCAAGAAAAUGAGGACAUAUCGGACCAGCGUCUGCUCGACUUAGGGUAUAAGCCCGAGUUUCGGAGGGAGAUGUCGCUGUUCGGCGUCCUCGGCAUAUCGUUUUGUGCGAUUGGGAUCCUCACGGGUAUGAGCAGUGCCUUCCAGACUGGCUUGUUCUCUGGUGGGCCGUUGGGAUUGUUCUGGGGUUGGAAUGUGAGUGAUUCAGUCGCGUUCAGCUGGGACGAGCACGUUGAUGAUGACGCGACUACAAGAUAUGCAGCCUGUUCAUGUUCUCAAGCUACGAGUAACGUGUACACAGUCUGUACUGGGUGGAUAUAUUCGAUUGCGAUGGUUUUCACCGGGACAUCAGGGAACCUUAGCGUCGCCCUCUACCUUGCUUCCCUGGCUGAAGUAGGUCAAGGACGUACGCUCACUCGCGUAGAGAUUGCUGCCAUUGCGUGGGGCGUGAACAUCGCCUCGGGUAUCGUGAAUACUGUCGGGACGAAAGCUAUCGGUCGAAUGAGCUCGUUCAACGUAUGGUGGACCCUUGGCGGCACGUUCGUGCUCGUCGUUACUCUGCUGGUCAAGGCUCCAGCGAAGCGGCAUAAUACUAGGAUAUUGCUGUAUACUGACUUUGCCUCUGUUAGCUUUACUGGAUGGGGUUCGGAGGGUUUCGUCGUGCUUCUAGGUUUUCUCCAGGCAGUAUAUACACUCGAGGGAUGUGAAACAGCUGCCCAAGUCGCCGAAGAAGCCCAGCGCGCUGAGAUCCUCGCGCCGAUCGCGGUCGUCGGCAGCAUCGUCGGCUCGUGGUUCAUCGGGCUCGCAUACAUGCUCGCACUCCUCUUCUCUGUGCAGAGCAUCGCCUCUGUUCAAUCCACCACCUAUGCGAUCCCCAUCGCGCAGUUGUACUACGACGCGGUCGGGCAGAAGCUCACGCUUAUGUGUGUGACAGUCAUCGCGCUCGCGCAGUUCAUGGCGGCCGUGACGGCAUUCACAGCGAGCUCGCGCUUGUUCUAUGCGCUCGCGCGGGACAAUGCAUUCCCCGCGAAGGGGAAGUUUAUGGCUCUGAAUCGGUAUCAGGCGCCGUACUGGGGCGUAUGGCUUUCUGUGCUUGUUGGGUGCAUCAUUUCAUGCGCAUAUAUCGGGUCGACUAUUGCUUUCAAUGCCAUCUUGUCCUCGGCGGCCAUCUCGGUCAUGCUGAGCUAUCUACAACCAAUCAUCAUUCGAGUAUUUUGGCCGGACUCCCUCCGCGAAAAAGGACCAUUUAGACUGGGUGGUUGGUCGUGGAUGAUAAAUGUCGCAAGUUUUGCAUUCACCAUCUUCAUAUGCGUCCUGUUUGUACUCCCUACCGCAUACCCCGUCACCUCUCUCAAUAUGAACUAUGCUAUUGUGGCCGUUGGCGGGGUUUUCCUUAUCGUUGCUGUUAAUUGGUUUACCUGGGGACACCGGAGUUUUGUAGGACCCGUCGCUACCUCUGAAUGA